AUGAACUGCCUCUGCGGCUCACUCAGAGUGACUGUUGGCAUCACAGCAGCCUCUCUUACAACUGCCAUUCUUCUCCAGCAACCAACUUUAAAGAGAAAUAUAAAAACACACCUGAAGCCAGAGUGGAAUGAAGAACAGCAAAGAUUAUUGGAAGUACAAAAAACAAAUAGGGCCAAAGUUCAUAAAUUUAGUUUGCAAACGCUCCGCAGGCAGAAAGCCCUUCAGGAGAGGCACAAAGAAGAUGAGGAAAAAGAACGAAGAUUUAGUGAGAAGGUGCUUCAAGAACGAAAACUGAAGCAACAAGAUGCAACUGAGAGAUUUCAGCGAGCCCAUCUAAUGUCAUCGCAGCACCGGCAAAAUAUAACUGGCCAUAAAAAACAGACUAUUCAAUUAACUGAAGCUCUUCAACAGACUACUCAAUUAACUGAAGCUCUUCAACAGAUUCACAGUUCAUUUUAUAUGUCAAUUUCGCCGUUGUCUGAUGUUGCAAAGCCCACAGUCAGCAAAGGGACCACUGAUUUAUCUCCAACUCCACCAAAUCACGGGGAGACAAGAAAGGUUUGCCACUAUAAGAGCCAACUUUCAGCUACUAAAGCUUAUGCCAAGCUUAUGCAAGAGAAAAGUGAGGUAAUUUUGAAAAACAGCCGGUUAUGCUUUCAGCAGGAGCUAGAGGAGACACAACGUCUCCUGGGAGAGCAACAACUGAACAGCUUACAGGAAUUCCAAAAAGAACUCAAUCAACUUAAUCAAAUUCAAAGCUUAUCAAGUCUUGACAGCCUGGAAAUAGAGGGACAAAAUGCUGUAGAUACAUCAUCUUUAAACGAUUCUUUUGGCUCCAGUAAGAGAGAGUCUUUGCCUCCAAAAACAGGACACAUAAGUGCCUGGACCAAUGAUUUAAAUCAUUGCAGGACUCCGAAUUCUUCUUCUGGGAUUACAAUAACAAAUGGAACUUCAACUGCAGAGGAACAUUUGAGUGACAAGCUGCAUACAUUUGCUUCCACAAGUACUGAAUCCAAACAUCUUGACUCAAGCUCUGCUUCAUGUGCUGAAAUACAUCAAAACACACAUUUAACCACAUGUUUUAAUAGCAAUCAAAAUAAAGUGGUAGAUAGUAAUUUCCACUCAAUACUAAAGCAUCCAACAUCCACAGAUUCCUCUGAAAGUUUGAAAGGCCAAUCUGCUUAUUCUGCAAUAAUUCCUUGCAAAGCUUGGUCUACACCAGAUCCAAAUCCUAGGGAAACAACACCAUGUUCAGAAGUGAAUGGCAGAGUAGAAAAUGAGCCCCAAAGAAAACCUGCAUCAUUUCAUCCUCUAAAACUGCCUUUUGCAACACCUAUCUUUUUACAUCCGGAAUCACAAAUGGCAAGUGACAGAGCAAAAAUGGACAGUGCGAAUGACAGUCAAAAGAUCCAUCUAGCACAUCAACAGAUGUGUGUUGGUGCAACUAUUAGAUCAAUUCAUUCUCCUUUCAUGUUGAACAAAAAUAUGGACAUUUCCAGUGACACUGAAGAUAAGCAAGCUUCACUCAACAAAUUUAACUUUAAUGUCAAAAUGAGACAAAAUUCUGCAGCAGGCAGUCAGAAACCUAUUUGUUCCCAAGCACCAUUUAAUUCAUCUGAACCCGAUUCUGUAACCAACAUGACAGGAGGAAAAGAAAAUGAACCAGUGAAUACCAGCAGAUUAAAAGCCAACAAGAAUUCUAUCCCAGAAAAAAAAGUCAAAAUUUUGAAGGGGAUACUUAAGAAAGCAUCAAAGUAUGGAAAUAGUAAAACCAAAUCUCCAUUGUCUGCCUGUAACGUGCUUGGGAUUCAAUUAGCAUCCUCUAUUAGAGAUAGUGUGGAGCUUAAAAAAAUGAAAGAUGUAGAAACUGAUAAAAAACCAACAAAGAAAAAGCUGAGGUGGCUGGAUGAGAUUGACCAAACCAACCAAAUUAAGAAGGAGAAAGAUGAAGCUACUGGAGAAGAACUAGGAAGUACAACAGACACCAAAGGUUCAGGAUUAACAAGCCAGAAUCAGUUACAGACAAUUGAUUUUCAAAAUAAUGAUCACAAUGCUAAUGUUAAUUCAAAUGUAAACAGUAACAAGGAAUCAAAAUGGAACACAUUAAAAACUAAUCAAAAGGUUGCAGUAAAUUACAAUCUAUCUGGCCAUCAGCUGAAUGAAAUCUGGGGAAACAUCAUGAUGGCAGUGCCUGCAAUUUCAGAAACUGUUUCUGCAACCAACGGUGUAAUUUCAGCUGCGCCAUCUAAUUACCAUUUUGCAAAACGAUCCUGGACAGCCUCAAGAACUCAAAGCUUAGAUCAGAAAAUGAAUGAAAAAAGCAAUAUUGCUGAACCUGAAAAAUCCUUGAGAGGUAAAAGGCAUGCCAAAAUGGUUAAAAGAGCCCAUUCAGCUAAAGUUUGUUCUGGCAGGAAAGGUACCAUAAUCAGACCAUUGUCUGCCAGUGAAUUAAUAAAUUCUCAGGGUAAAGUCAUGGUACCCCACCCACCAUCCAAACCAGCCAGUGAUAGUAAGCAGUCUCAAAGGACAGCUCUCAACUAUAACAGUAGUUGUCAAUCACAGGCGAAUUCAGCUCAUGUUAUUGACACAUGUUUGGAUACACCGGUGAAAAUCACGCCAUUAGAUAAAGACACCAAUGAGAAUUCAAUAAUCUCAGACCUUCAGCCUCAACUAUACUCUUUAAGCAAUAAAUCUGACAGUACCAUAACAUUCCCAUCUUCCUAUUUGGUCCAUUCGCAUGGAAUUAUUAGUAAAGAAACCUGUUCAGUAAAUGCUACACAAGAACAUGUAAGCAAUGGCACAAAACAAGACCCUUUUAAUGGAGAGAACACCAUGCAUUUGGGUUCCACACCAACUUAUGAACAACUUGCACUGCUGUGGCAUGGAGUACGUGAUGCCUUGGCAAAAAAAGAUACAGCAGCUGUUAAUUCUCAGAACAACUUAUCUUCGAAUAAAGAGCAUACAACAAAUCUACAACCUCAUCGAACUAGUAUCUCCCAUUUGACUAUUGAUGGAGGCAGCUUGUUGAAUGGCACACAAUCGGUUUCCAGAGUAGGACAAUUAUUUUCUGCUCCUUUUGGUGAUAGAAGAAAGCACCCCAUGGAUACAUACAGUAAUGCUACAAAAUAUAAGGCUCCUCUUGAGCAGAGAAGAAUGAUUAGCAGUUCUUCUGCAAGUAAAUCUGAUCAAAUAAGACAGAACAUUCAGAUACAGCCAUUUCGAAGUGUCUUUGAUCCUGUUCAAGCGGUAAAUGCUGUUCAAAACACCAAAGAAGCAGUUUCAGAAAGCACCAAGCAGUUUCUGUUAGCAGAAAAUCUCGUAGAAACAUCUGCUGUGGAUACUGACAUCUUGGCUGCCAUGGACUCAUUAAAAACACAGCAACAUGCCUUCCUUGAAAACAAAGUACAACAAUCAGGCCUCAGUGCACUGUCCUUUGAAGAAAAGAAACUUCUUCAGUCAUUAGAUCGCCUCAACCAGAGACUCAAGUGUAUCCAGGAAACCGUUGAAGCAAGUCCAUCUAAUGGUCUUCUUCAGAUUCCAUCUCCUUUUAUGAUAUUAUAUGGUAUUUCUAGCUCUGGCUGUAGACCAGUACAAGCGAUUUGUGGACCAGAAAAUCAUCACAAUGUUACUGCUGAUAACUAUGCACGGAUUCAGACGAAAUAUUCAAGAAACAAGACAAAAUGAUCACUCUACAUAGCUACACAAAUUAAUACACAGUAUCAACAUUAUUCUGAGAAGAAAACUUUUAAGUUGAUACAAAGAUAUUUUGUGUUUUAUACAAAAUUAAAGCUAUUAGAAAGUUGUUUAAAAUUUAGAUUACUUUUGGGACAUUGAAAAUCAUAAAUAUCAUUAAGAUUGGUUAUCACAUUUAAUUUCAUGCUUGUGGAAAAAUAAUAAAAUUUGCCAGAGUGAUUGAACUGAUUAAAUCACAGUGAAAUAUUUUUCCUCCUUGCUGGUCAUUGUCAUGGGAUGAUCAAAUUGAAUCCAGAUUGUCAAACAGUAGGUGAUAAUAAAGAAUGAAACACUCGAGAAUGUUAGUUAGGUAAUAGGAAGUCACUGGUUAGUCUGUUUGCUCCAAGAGAUAGUUAGCUAGUGAGGGGUGGGAAAUGGGAUUUGACUCCUGGCAUUCAUUUUUUCUUUGGCCUCCUCCUUCUGGUCAUGGCUUCCUGUCCCAGUGUGUAGAAUAUGUGUAUCCUGUUCUCCAUCUCAUCAUCCAUUCUUCAUGUGGAAGAACCAUCACUUUCUACAUACUGUAGCUGUUUGGAACUAUGAAAUGACUUCCUCCCCCGCCUCCUGUCAUAAAGUAUCUCCCCUUUAAGGGAUGUUGGACGAGGUUCAAUUAUCACUGUCUAGAUCCAAAUGAUGUUAACCAUGUUCAAAUUUUAAAACAUGU